AUGCUUUAUCGCCGGGAGGAGCGCGGGUUGCCAGCCCUGCAACGCCUCUUUUGUCAAUUUGUCCACCACGAGCGCCACAGCCGAGGAGUGGCGGCGCCAUCGAGGGAGGAGAAGGCCCCUGAGCCGGACCUUGCUUGGGAAGGCCGACUGCGUGGGUUACAGGAGGAGUUCGGGACGCUGGGGGUGUCGCUGCGGGUGAUCGAGCGCGGGGCCAGCGUCUCCUUCCCGCCGGUUACGGGGCGCUGA